CCAUCUCAUGCAAAACACAGUGACACAGUUUGCUGCGGGCUAGCUAACAGCAGCAAUAUAUUCCAUGACUGAACAUAGCUACAUUUCCGAAAAUAAAGACGGCAUUGAGGUGGUAAAUAUAUCCGUAACAUUUUUAAAUAAGUAGGGCAAACUCGAUGCCAGAAUAGCUAUAAUUUAGCUAGGUUAGCUGGCGCUUGAACGGCAGUUCAAUCAUCAUGGCAUCCUCGCUGCGAAGCGAAGGGACUUUGGGAGCGCUGCCCGGGGCUCGGCCACAGCUUCGCUCGCACCUCCUACACUCCACAAUCACCACAGGUUCCCCUGGGUCUCAAAUGGUGGAGUCUGUGGACGAUGCGGAGGGUUUGUAUGUCGCCGUGGAGCGAUGUCCCCUCUGCAACACCGCCAGGCGCAGGCUGACGUGCGCCCGAUGCAUCCAUGCAGGCGAUUUCAUAUACUUCGACGGUAGAAACCCUGAACGAUACACUGAAAAAUUGGAAAGACUUAAAAUGCUGAAGGAGGAGAAAGAACGUUUCCAACAGAUGGUCAUUACAGCCAUGGACAAGAAAGUCCAGGCAGAUCAGCUGAAAUGGAAGAUCAUGUCAUGCAAGAUGAAAAUAGAGCAGCUGAAGGAGGCUAUUGGUUGUGGGAAUGAAGAGGUGAAAAGUGGUAAGGACCUGCUGCUUCGCUCCCAGGAGGAGAGCCAGAGGCUUCAGCGGCGGGCCAGCCGCCAUCAGGAGAAGAGGGACAAGAUCGAGAGACACAAUCGGCGGCUGGGAGAGCUGCUGGAGAAGAGGGGCAAGGAGCUGCAGGGUCGUCUGGAGCACCUGGCUGAGGUCCGCAGAGGACACAUCCUGGAGCUCACCGCUCACAUCUUCCCCACACAGGAGGAGAAACAGGGUAGCAGGGACCCAGCAGACGUGUUGUCGGAGUGUGACCUGGCCCUGACCUCCAGCACGGUGAGUGAGUUGGCUGAGGCCCGCCGCACCACCUACCUGUCAGGGCGCUGGAUCUGGGAUGACCAGAAUGGAGAGACCUCCAUUAGCAUCACUGGACCCAGGGUCACGCUGCCCAGCAACGGGGACUGCUCCCCCUAUUACAGCUGGGUGGAGGAGAAGAGCACCAACGAGGGGCCCGAGCUGGACCACAUCAACCCAGCCCACACCAUCAGUGCAGCCCUCUGUUUUGCUACCCAGCUCAUCAACAUCCUCUCUCACAUCCUGGAUGUCAAUCUGCCCAAGAAGUUGUGUAACAGUGAGUUCUGUGGUGACAGCCUGAGCAGGUACAGGUUCACCCGGGCUGUCACCAAGCUCAACACCAACAUCCUCCACCUCUGCUUCUCACAGCAUGUUGAGAGUGAGCUGCUGCACCCUCAACACACCCUGAGGAACAUCAUGUUCCUGGUCUCUCCCGACAACAAGAACCUGGGCAGGACGGGUCCGUACGAGGUGACUGCUGACCUGGAGGACUCCAUGGAGUUUGUUGAGCCGGAGGCGGCCGGCCCGGCGGAGGAAAGCGGGGAUGAGAUGGUGACGGAUGAGGAGACAGACCUGGGGACAGACUGGGAAACGGUCCCCAGCCCGCGCUUCUGUGACAUCCCCUCCCAGCCCAUGGACCUGUCCCAGAGCACAGCCAUGCAGGUGUCUCAGCCCGUGGGCCAGGCCGGGGGCAUGAUCUCCUCAGCAGCAGCAUCCGUCACCUCCUGGUUUCGGGGCUACACCGGCCAGCGCUGAGGGAGGCUGGAGGCUCACUGGCCAAGGUCGUAUAUAUUAGGGCACACUAGAAAAACGUUUUGCAACGUAGAAGGAAAACAAGUGUUUUUUUUUUAAUUGAACAAGUUCAGGUAGUGUUUCAGUCCGUUUGGUGUCUAAUGAAUACACCCCAGGACUGGCUGGAGCUAUGCAGCACUACCACCACACAGAGACUGUUCUGUUCUGGCCUAUGCCUGUAGUCAGCCUGCAGUCCUGGUCCACUUCCACCAAGAAGGGAUAUUUGUUUUUACUAAAUUGCAUGACUGAAUCCCUGUUGGAGGAAGGGAAAUGUAUCGCUCACUUUCUUAAGAAGGAGAAUGUUGUCAUUGACAGCAGUGAUUCUUCUGGUAAAAAUGGUUAUAGUGCGAAAGACUGUCGCUUGGGGAGGGUGUUAUUCAAAGAGUAGUCUCUCUCACAACUCUCGGCCAUUCGCACGCUCCAUCCCAGUAGUUGUGAGAAGAUUUUUCAAAGGGAGACUGGCGCUUCUGUUGCUUUCCCGUGUACCCAUCCAUAUUGUUGGUUCUUAAUGUUUCUUUACUACAUCCCAAAUGGUACCCUAUGCCUUAUAAAGUGCACAACUUUUGACCAGAGCCCUAUGGGCCUUGGUCAAAAGUAGUGCACUACAUAGGGAAUAGGGUACCAUUUGGGAUAGAACCUUCCUUCAUACUGCAUUACAUCAAAAUGGUUUGUGUCAGGAUUGUGUUUUGAAGUGUGCCUAAAACCUCAUUGGUGUGUUCUGUGGGUCUUUAUACUACAGGUGAUUCGAACAGUGACAUGGGUGGCUUAAGUGAUAGGACACAAUACAGUUGAGGUCGGAAGUUUACAUACACCUUAGCAAAAUACAUUUAAACUAUGUUUUUCACAAUUCCUGACAUUUAAUCAGAGUAAAAAUUCCCGGUCUUAUGUCAGUUAGGAUCACCACUUUAUUUUAAGAAUGUGAAAUGUCUGAAUAAUAGUAGAGAGAAUGAUUUUUCAGCUAUUAGUUCUCAUCACAUUCCCAGUGGGUCAGAAGUGUACAUACACUCAAUUAGUAUUUGGUAGCAUUGCCCUUAAAUUGUUUAUUAACUUGGGUCAAACAUUUCAGGUAGCCUUCGCACAAUAAGUUGGGAGAAUUUUGACCCAUUCCUCCUGACAGAGCUGGUGUAACUGAGUCAGGUUUGUAGGCCUCCUUGCUCGCACAUGCUUUUUCAGUUCUGCACACAAAUUUUCUAUGGGAUUGAGAUCAGGGCUUUGUGAUGGCCACUCUAGUACCUUGACUUUGUUGUCCUUAAGCCAUUUUGCCACAACUUUGGAAGUAUGCUUGGGGUCAUUGUCCAUUUGGAAGACCCAUUUGCGACCAAGCUUUAACUUCCUGACUGAUGUCUUGAGAUGUUGCUUCAAUAUAUCCACAUAAUUUUCCAUUUCUCCAAAAAGUACGAUCUGGCUUUUUUAUGGCGGUUUUGGAGCACUGACUUCCUUUCUGAGCAGCCUUUCAGGUUAUGUCAAUAUAGGACUCGUUUUACUGUGGAUAUAGAUACUUUUGUACCUGUUUCCUCCAGCAUCUUCACAGGGUUCUUUGCUGUUGUUCUGGGAUUGAUAUGCACUUUUCGCACCAAAGUACAUUCAUCUCUAGGAGACAGAAUGCAUCUCCUUCCUGAGCGGUAUGACGGCUGCGUGGUCCCAUGGUGUUUAUACUUGCGUACUAUUGUUUGUACAGAUGAACGUGGUACCUUCAGGCAUUUGGAAAUUGCUCCCAAGGAUGAACCAGACUUGUGGAGGUUUACAAUUAUUUUUCCGAGGUCUUGGCUGAUUUAUUUUUGAUUUUCCAUGAUAUCAUGCCUUGAAAUACAUCCACAGGUACACCUCCAAUUGACUCAGGCUAAUUUACAUAAUUUAUCAGAAGCUUUUAAAGCCAUGACAUAAUUUUCUGGAAUUUUCCAAGCUGUUUAAAGGCACAGUCAACUUAGUGUAUGUCAUUUGAAUUGUGAUACAGUGAAUUAUAAGUGAAAAAAUCUGUCUAUGAACAAUUGUUGGAAAAAUUACUUGUGUCAUGCACACAGUAGAUGUCCUAACCGACUUGCCAAAACUAUAGUUUGUUCACAAUAAAUUUGUGGAAUGGUUGAAACACUUAGGUUAGUCAUUAAAACUUGUUUAUGUAAACUUCCGACUUCAACUGUACAUCUUUGGCUUACUUCAUAAGAUGUUAGUUUAUUUUUCUUAUUUAGGGCUUGUGAAACUUAAUUUUGAAAUGACUGGUAAUGCAGAUUAAGCAUUUACACUGUCACAAUAAGCAAUAUUUCACAUGACAAAAAUGAAGACCCAUGUAAUGACCUUUGUACCUGCUAGUGACAAAAUAGGUUGUGUAAAAAUAAAGGAUUCAUGCGA